AUGCCUCAGUUCAUCAACCUUCUGACGGUUGGCGCUCUCGCCGCCAUGGCCGUUGCGUCGCCUGUCGCCCAGCCAGCAACUGCCGCGACCUCCAGUCUCGAGGAGCGUGCGAGCUGUACUUUCUCCGGCUCCAAGGGUGCUGCUUCAGCCAUGGCGUCCAAGCAGAAGUGCUCAACCAUCGUCCUCUCCAAUGUCGCCGUGCCUGCAGGUGUCAAGCUUGAUCUGAGCAAGCUAAACGACGGCACUCAGGUCAUCUUUGAGGGCACAACCACCUGGGGUUACAAGGAAUGGGAGGGUCCUCUUCUCGAUAUUGGCGGCAAGGACAUCACUGUCACCGGUGCCAGCGGCGCCAAAUUGAACCCCGAUGGUGCGCGCUGGUGGGACGGCAAGGGUGGCAAUGGCGGUAAAACCAAGCCUAAGUUCUUCGCUGCCCAUAAGUUGACCGGCAAAUCUCAAAUCAACAAUCUUUACAUCGAGAACACUCCCGUCCAGGCCGUCAGCAUCAACGGCUGCAAGGGUCUGACUAUCAACAAAAUGACCAUCGACAAUCGCGCCGGUGACUCCAAGGGUGGCCACAACACCGAUGGUUUCGACAUUGGCUCCAGCAGCAACGUCGUCAUUAAUGGUGCUACGGUUUACAACCAGGAUGACUGUGUUGCUGUCAACUCUGGAACCGACAUCACCUUCAGCGGCGGUUACUGCUCCGGUGGCCACGGUCUUUCCAUUGGCAGUGUCGGCGGUCGUUCGGACAACACCGUUGACAACGUCACCUUCAAGGAUUCGACUGUCACCAAGUCCGAUAACGGUAAGUUCUCUCUGGACAGCCCGCUGACUCUCAGUCAGAGACAAAAGCAGAAGACUAACGCGAAUGACCCAGGUAUCCGUGUCAAGGCUAAAUCGGGAACUACUGGAAUCAUCAAGGGUGUUACUUACUCCGGCAUUACUCUCUCUUCUAUCAAGAAGUACGGUAUCCUGAUCGAGCAGAACUACGACGGUGGCGAUCUCCACGGUUCUCCCACCGGCGGUCUCCCUAUCAACAACCUCGUCCUUAGCAACAUCUCCGGCUCCAACGCUGUCUCUUCCAGCGGCCACGAUGUUGCGAUUGUCUGCGCCAGCGGUGCUUGCAACAACUGGACCUGGAACAAGGUCAGCGUCAGUGGUGGCAAGACUUACGGCAGCUGCAAGAAUGUCCCCAGCGUGGCUAGCUGCUAG